GCAGGCCUAAUCCAAAUGCGAAGGGGUGAUGGACCUGUAAGGUUUCACGCUGUUUCUGCGCGUCCCGCCUUGCUCCAUUACUUCGUCCCUGGCUUUGACCAGUGGACUCGUCCUGAGGGGUGGGGGCUAAGACGCGCGCACUCGCUGCAGCGGUCUGGUGGACCUGCGGCUUCUCCCCACCUGGUGAGCAGGAGCUAGAGAUGCUAUUAGGCUGUCAUUUUAUCGAAUGUGAGAAGUCAGCCCAGAGAUGGAAAACUUCAUUCUGUACGAGGAGAUUGGCAGAGGAAGCAAAACUGUUGUCUAUAAAGGGCGACGGAAGGGAACAAUCAAUUUUGUAGCUAUUCUUUGUACUGAUAAGUGCAAGAGGCCUGAAAUAACCAAUUGGGUCCGUCUCACCCAUGAAAUUAAACACAAGAAUAUUGUAACUUUUCACGAAUGGUAUGAAACCAGCAAUCAUCUCUGGCUAGUUGUAGAACUCUGCACAGGUGGUUCCUUAGAAAUGGUUAUUGCUCAAGAUGAAAACCUUCCUGAAGAUGUUGUGAGAGAAUUUGGGAUUGACCUGAUUACUGGAUUACAUCAUCUUCAUCAACUCGGAAUUCUCUUUUGUGACAUUUCUCCUGGGAAGAUACUCUUGGAAGGGCCUGGCACACUGAAGUUCAGUAAUUUUUGCUUGGCCAAAGUAGAAGGUGAAAAUUUGGAAGAGUUCUUUGCCUUGGUGGCAGCAGAAGAAGGAGGAGGUGAUAGUGGAGAAAAUGUACCGAAGAAAAACAUGAAAAGUAGAGUCAAAGGAUCUCCUAUCUAUACAGCUCCAGAAAUUGUGAAGGGUACCGACUUCUCCAUCACCAGUGACCUCUGGUCUUUGGGCUGUCUGCUUUAUGAAAUGUUUGCAGGAAAACCUCCAUUCUUCUCAGAAAGUUUAUCAGAAUUAGUUGAAAAGAUUCUUUAUGAAGAUCCUUUGCCACCUAUUCCAAAAGAUUCUUCUUGUCCUAAAGCUUCUUCAGAUUUUAUUAAUUUGCUUGAUGGUUUACUUCAAAAAGAUCCUCAGAAAAGAUUAACUUGGGCAGGCCUCCUGCAGCAUUCAUUUUGGAAGGACGCUUUCACUAGACAAGAUCAGGACUCGAGCACCGAGGAUUCCAACGUCAGCAAAAACAUGGCGUAUUCCAGGUCACAAGAUGCCAAGGAGCUUCUGCAGAGCCUUCAGGGUGCACAAGCCAAAGGGGAUAAGAGUGGUCAGCGACUCAGUCACUCCUUCAGGCUAGAAAAUCCAUCAGAGUUGCAGCCUAAGAGUACUGUUGGGGGUACUCAGUUGAAUGAGUCCAUGUUUCUUCUGAGUUCUCGUCCUACUCCAAGAACUAGCACUGCAGUGACAUUAAGUCCUGGUGAGGAUAUGACUCAGAAUUCACCACAGAAGACUUCUCCUUUGACCAAGAUUACAGGGGCACACCUGAGUCAGCAGGACCUGGAGUCCCGGAUGAGAGACCUUAUCUACACAGACUCAGAUCUGGUCGUCACUCCCAUUAUAGAUAAUCCAAAGAUAAUGAAACAACCACCAAUUAAAUUUGAUCCCAAAAUAUUGCAUCUACCAGCACAUUCAGUGGAGAAGUUGGUGUUUCUAAAAGACCAAGACUGGAAUGACUUUUUGCAACAAGUGUGCUCACAGAUCGACUCCACUGAGAAGAGCACAGGAGCCUCCCGAGCCAAGCUGAACCUCCUUUGCUAUUUGUGUGUGGUGGCGGGGCACAGGGAAGUGGCCACUAGGCUCCUGCAUUCUCCUCUGUUCCAGUUGCUAAUACAGAAUUUGCGAACAGCUCCAAACUGGGAUAUAAGGGCCAAGGUUGCUCGGGUGAUUGGCUUACUCGCCUCGCACACAACUGGGCUCCAGGAAAAUACACCUGUCAUUGAGGCAAUUACUCUCCUAACGGAAUUAAUUAGGGAAAACUUCAGGAACAGCAAAUUAAAACAGUGCCUUUUACCCACCCUGGGGGAGCUGAUCUACCUUGUAGCCACACAGGAAGAAAAAAAAAAGAACCCCCGAGAAUGCUGGGCUGUUCCCUUGGCUGCGUACACGGUGCUAAUGAGGUGCCUUCGGGAAGGGGAAGAACGUGUUGUGAAUCACAUGGCAGCCAAGAUUAUUGAAAAUGUCUGCACUACCUUUUCUGCUCAGGCUCAGGGCUUUAUUACAGGAGAAAUUGGGCCUGUUUUAUGGUACCUGUUCAAACAUUCUACCAUUGAUUCUCUUCGGAUAACGGCAAUAUCGGCCUUGUGUAGACUCACUCGCCAUUCCCCCACGGCCUUCCAGAACGUCAUUGAGAAGGUGGGACUGACCUCGGUGAUAAACUCCUUGGCCUCUGCCAUCUGCAAAAUCCAGCAGUACCUGUUGACCUUAUUCACUGCUAUGCUGUCCUGUGGGAUUCAUCUUCAGAGGCUAAUACAAGAAAAGGAUUUUGUCUCCACAAUUAUCCGUUUACUUGAUAGCCCCUCAACUACCAUUAGAGCCAAAGCCUUCCUGGUUCUUUUAUAUAUUUUGAUUCAUAACCAUGAGAUGCUGCUGCUCAGCUGCCAAGCAAGACUGGUGAUGUACAUUGAGAGAGACAGCAGAAAGACCACUCCAGGCAAGGAGCAGCAAAGCGGCAGUGCAUACCUGUCCAAAUGCCUGGACCUUCUCAUCCGUCACAUCGUGCAGGAGUUGCCUCGAAUCCUGGGUGACAUCCUUAACGCCUUGGCUAACAUUUCUGGUCGUAAACACCCAUCCACAGUUCAAGCAAAGCAGCUGAAGAUGUGUCUCCCGCUGAUGCCUAUAGUGCUUCACCUCGUAACUUCUCAGGUAUUUCGACCUCAUGUUGUGACAGAAGAGUUCCUUUUCAGUUAUGGAACUAUUCUUAGUCAUAUUAAAUCAGUAGACUCAGGAGAAACUAAUAUAGAUGGAGCCAUAGGACUGAUGGCAUCAGAAGAAUUUAUCAAGAUCACGCUGUCGGCUUUUGAAGCUGUGAUACAGUAUCCUAUUUUAUUGAAAGACUAUUGCUCUACGGUGGUUGACUAUAUCCUGCCACCCUUGGUCUCCUUGGUUCAGAGCCAAAAUGUGGAGUGGAGACUCUUCAGCUUGCGAUUGCUCUCAGAAACCACAUCUCUUCUUGUGAACCAGGAGGUUGACGAUGGCAAGAAGGAGGCGAACGUUGAUUCUGACAGCAGUCUUCUGGGCCUCAUUAGAGAGUCCUUACUUCCCCAGUAUGAGCACAUCCUCAUGGAGCCUGACCCCGUCCCAGCAUAUGCUCUGAAGCUGCUUGUCGCUAUGACGGAACACAGCCCAACUUUUACCAGACUUGUGGAAGAAAGCAAAUUGAUCCCACGCAUUUUCGAAGUAAUUCUGGACCAUCAGCAGAACAUUCUGGGUAACACCAUGCAAAGUGUGAUUGCGUUGCUCAACAAUCUGAUCACCUGCAAAGAUUCGAAUAUGAAGCUACUUUAUGAGCAAGGACUAGUCCAUCAUGUCUGUAACCUAUUCACUGAAACUGCCACACUGUGCUUGGAUGUGGACAAUAAAAACAACGACGAGACGGCAGCCGCCCUGCUCUUUUCCCUGCUUGAAAUUUUGCACAGCAUGCUGACGUAUACAUCUGGGGUCGUGAGGCUGGCGCUGCAGGCACAGAAGUCAGGCUCAGGAGGGAGCACUCAGGCUGCAGAAGACCUGCUCCUGCUCAGCAAGCCCCUGACAGAUCUCGUCAGCCUGCUUAUCCCGCUGCUUCCUAGUGAGGAUCCUGAAAUUUUUGACAUCUCAUCCAAGUGUCUGUCUAUACUGGUUCAGCUGUACGGAGGGGAAAACCCAGACAGCCUGUCUCCUGAAAAUGCAGAGAACUUUGCUGAUUUACUGACAUCCAAAGAGGACCCAAAGGAGCAGAAGCUUCUGCUGAGGAUCCUCAGGAGAAUGAUCACCUCCAGUGAGAAGCACCUCGAAAGCCUCAAGCAUGCAGGCAGCCUCCUGCGGGCUCUGGAGUGGCUGGCCCCGGAUGGCGGUUCAUCGGCCAACAGUGCAGUGGCUUCCUUGGCCCUCGAAAUCCUCCAAGCUGCUGGACACUAGGCAAGAAGGCACUUAACACAAGCCCUGCGGCACUCACCCUCGACUACACACACUCACCACAUGGCCACCUACAGCUCUAUUUGGAUCUAAUAAAGUCAGCUGAACUCAGAACCUCGGGCUGAGGUGCUCUAGCUCUGGAUCCUAGAAAACCCACUCAGAACAGACCUCCUCAUCUCCUGUGGAACACAUCUAGAAACCCCAGGUUUGCUAGCUGGUCUCAAUGUUCUUUUCCUCCCUGUGUGGACGGGUAGGUCUGUCAGAGGGGCAGGUCACUGCCUGUACUAAUCAAAGAGGAGAAGCUGCCAUCCUCAGUCUGUUGGUGUCUCUAAGCGUCUUUCUCCUCUGGAGAUUUAACAGGCAGGACUAGGCAGGCAUGUUCUUCCAGCCACAGCUCCAGAGCAAGCCUUUGGAAACAGUCUUAGCCUCUUGUCUUCCUCCCACUUUCACCAGCCUGGCUUUGCUUCAUUUCAGGGGUGAACUGAUUCCAAGAAUCUCAGGAGAAUUGGGCAAGACUCUACUAAACGGACACAGGUAGUUAAGUUUGCCCAAAGGAAUGCAAAACACUCAACGCUGGCUUCCUUGAAGGUCUGCCCAUCUAGAUGGGACGAUGGCAUCAAGGUAGAAUCAUCCCAACUCCUACCAAUGACGCCUUUAUCCUUGAACUCUUUCCAGCUUCUUGCUCACAAUACGCCCUUAAGCAUCUCCUUUGUAAGAGUCAAGCCUGUGAAAAUAUUUGAUGGACGCUGCUACAAGGUGUUGGACUGUUGUAUUGAGGAAGGUAGGGGUGGAUCUGGGGCAGCUCCAACCAAGUGAGCAAGUGAGAACAUUCCUUGGCCUCCUCCCUGGGGCCUCAGUUUUCCCCACUGCACAAUGAAAGAGUUAGAUCAGUGGCUGCAGUGCUCUGGGCUUCUUAGAGAGAGGGGAUCUGCCCACUAACACACUGCCCAGGCCCAGAUGGGAUUGUGCUGGACAGAAGCGCCUGUGCAGGUAGGAUGGGCAGGGCAGGCAGAAGUGGAAGCCACACGGGCACACUGGGUGACCGCAUCUAUUGCAUCAUGGGAAGCUGGUCACACUGUGCCACUGGGGUCGGAUUGGUAUGCCAGCUUCCAUUUCGCUUUGUAAUGAAAAUGGCAGCUCUGUGCCCCACUCCAUCAAAGGCAUGUAUGUCACUUAAGUCCCACCAUCUGCAAAGCAAAUUUCUUAGCCUCUUGUCUUCCCAGUCUUAGUGAGCUCAAAGAUAGGGGAACAUGAGCAGUCUGUUUGAGUAGGCAGAGGGAGGCUGAGGGCAGUAACCUGUCCCUGUCCCACACAAGAGGCUCAUACCCUUGUAUUUGGCUUCCCAGGCUGGCUCCAGUUCUGAGAAGAGCUGGCCCCUGGCCACCUAAGAGAGUUCUGAGGAUUCUGGCAGUGGUAAGAGGCUAAGGCACCUACUGGCCCUCCCCUGCCUACCACCUUGGAGCUUUAGCUAUUUGGGAUGAAUGGUGGCAGUGAAGUUGCAGAUAGAGGGGCAAAGGAGGCAGCAAGGGCAUGCCUUGCAUGGAGAGGCCCAAGCAAGUGGCUGCACCAGGCUGCCCUCUUUCUGUCAUUGACAGGACACCCAAUGCUUUAAGACUCCGCCUCUGCUUACAGCCUGAGUGGGUGCUCAGCGAGCUGCCCCUCUUUUUGGAGUGAUGGUGGCCCGAGACUUGACAGUCAUCUUGCAGCUUAGGAAGUGGGUCUGUAGGAUGGAGCAAUGAAAUUUGCCAUCUUGGGGUUCUUUGUACUGGUCUAGCUCUUCCUCUAUAACCAUAUUUCCACUAUUAUUACCUUGAAGUUCUCAGGUCAAUUCUGCAAAUGCAGGUCAGGUCUUACUCCUGUGGGAUAGCUCGGAAAGUGGGGAGUCUAGUGGCUAAGGCUCUUGCUCAGAGUGACAGAAGAGGAGCUGGGUUUCUCCUGCUUCCACUUGAAGCAAAAUGCCCUAUUUUCUUCCUCUUCCAGCAACAGAAAAACAUGUAUAAACCCAUCUCUCUGGUAUAUGAAUUUAUGUAGGGACUAAGGUAAGAGCCUAAGUAAGGAAGGAAUUGGCAGGGGAGGGGAGGCAAGGAGCCACAAAAGCCUGAAAGGGCUUGGUCUCUUGGGAGAGCUGUCUAGAGCAGGGUGGGGACAAGACUUACCUAAGUUUGGGAGGCACUGGCCCCAAGAGCUACAAACUUUGGUGGGGCUGAGGCAGGGGAGCAGCAACGAGAGAAGCCUUGGUGUAGAGCAAGGACCAGGGCGGUGUGGAGUCCUCACAUGACCUGGAAGAAGACUGGCUUUUUACACCCGGCCCCUCAGAAGCUUGAUGCUGAGGUGGCAAAGGCAGCCUGUCACCUCCCUCUAGCUUACUCCACAAAGGACUCUGAUGGCUAAGAAAAAGGAAGCAUUACCCUUUUUGCCAUCCCUCCCCAUUAUUUUCUAGUUGUAUCUGAUGGGUGUUCGGUUAAGAUUCUCACCUACUAUUAAAAACUUUGGUGGAGCCACUUCAGCUAUCUGAAUUUUAUAAACCAAACAGCACAGUUCGGAUCUUCUGUUUUUAUCACACUGAUGAAAACAAGAAUCAAAGAGCAUAUUCAUCUCAAGAUCUUUGAUGGUCGAAUAACCAGAUCAAAGCCUCAUGUCUAGAACAUCUCCAACAAGGAAAAGCUUCAUUUAUCAGCUCAAUGGUGAUAACUGCAGUGGGAUCAGAUGUCCUCUGCACCUUUGUCCCCAGGUAACCCGCUAUUCUGAUUUCUGUAGUAAUCUAAUAAUUUCCUUGCUUUUUAGUUUAAUGUGGAUGAUUUCCUUAAAAGAGUGUGCCCCCCCUUUAUUUUUUUGCACCAGUUAAGUCCUAUGGCAUGCAUUUGUGACUUGACUUGGUCAAUAUCAUUAUUUGAGAUAGAUAUACCCAUAUUAUUGUGUUGAAGCUGUAGCUUUUUUUACUGCAGUGUGGCCGUUUCCUUAUCUGGAUAAAGCAAUUACUGGACACAUGGGCUUUUGAUAUUUUGUUGGUCAUAGAUAUUUUUUUUGCAUUAAUUUCAGUUUUAUCCAAAUAGCUACCAUACUUUUACUAAAGUCCCUCUUUUUCACACUGACCUCCAAAGCUACCUCUAAGUGUCUACUGUCUUCACCUUAUUCUGUUCCCUUAGUCUAUACUUCUGUCCACAUGCCCUUUACAGCAUUAAUCACAGCACUAACUACGCCUACCUUUAGAGUUAGGUCUUGAUGGCUGGUAGAACAAGUUUUCCCAUUUUAUUCUUCACGAGCGUCUUGGCUGUUCUUGGCCCUGUGUCCUUCUAAGUACACUGCAGAACUAACUACCUUGCUGAAUCAGAGUAACCUUCAUAUUAAGUUUUUAAAUGGAACUUCAAAACUCCAAUAAUAUUAGAUAAGCUCUAAAAAAUGUUUUCCAGGAGUUCCCGACAUAGUGCAGUGGAAACAAAUCCAACUAGAAACCAUGAGGUUUUGGGUUUGAUCCCUGGCCUCACUCAGUGGGUCAAGGAUCCGGUGUUGCAGGUCGCAGAUGCAGCUCGGAUCUGGGGUUGCAGUGGCUGUGGUGUAGGCCGGCGGCUACAACUCUGGUUAGAACCCUAGCCUGGGAACCUCCAUAUGCAGGUGUGACCCUAAAAAGACCAAAAGACAAAAAAAAAAAAAAAUGUUUCCUGGUUUUAAGAAGUUCUUUAAAUAAAACAGCAUGCUGUAGUUCUGUAUGUUAAAAGCUGACCUCAUGAAAGAUCUUCACUCUGCUAACCUACUAGUAGCUGCUCUGAGCUUCUCGUAAUACGGCCUUGGCUCUGUGUCUCAGGCACUGGAAGUAGAACUGCCCCUUAUCAGGUAUGCAGGUGUCUCCGCUCCAACCCCAUCACAGACCCCAGGGAAGAAUUUAUGAAGCUUUCACAAAAGGUCUUCAACAAAAAAGGAACUGAGUAUAUGUUUAAAUGCAGUGUAAAUCAGAGACAGCACUCCCUAAGCACAAAACACUUUCACGCAUUUUAAAGACCAGACACAAGUUCUAACAGAUCUACUGACUCUGCCCUCCAGGAUGAACUAAGCCUGUCAGACCUCCCACCACGAUAACAGGCUCACCAGGCAGACAGCAUGAAGAAGGCCCAUUCUAGUUCUGAUUAUGUUCAGAUAAAUAUCGACACUUCAACUGUCUUAAUUAUCAGUUCAAAGCGGAGCUGAAGGAACUCCCCUCUUCAAAUGAGUCUGUGAAGGUGCUUUAAGUCCAAAUCCAGGUACUUAAUUCCUCAUGAUUACCUUAAUGGAAAGAAACCAUCUGAUGGGGUUUGUGGGGGGGGGGGGGUGCCUGUGCGGCUUUCAGUUUUGUUCUGUGUAGCCCAAGAACUAGAUGCCUUUGAACUGAGGAUGAGGAGGCCUCUGGUCACUCGGGCAAGAUUACACACCUGACCUCAUUCAGGCUGAAGGAGUCUUGGCCAUAAGCUCUCAGCCCAGAGUCCUUCAGUUGGAGAUGGUGGCCUCUCUUACCUAAGCUCAGAAUCAAUGUUCAAGGCUGAAAUACUUUUGAUGCAGUUUAACUCAGGGUCCCAUGCUAGAGAAACUUGGCAAAUAAUUCUAUCAUUACAACUUAAAUUAUUUCACUGUGUUUUCCUCAUGAUGAAGUUGAGCUGAAUAAGUCAUUUGUGAGAAUAAGUUAGUCUCUAGGAAAAAAAAGAUGACACAAUCGAAUGAAUUAAAAGUUUAAUUCUGAACCAUUUUUAUAACCGCAUUUUCUCUUGAAGCAUUGUAUCACAGCAGGUUACAACAACUUUGGGAUAAAAGGCAACUGGUAAACUGUUCAAAACAAGGUUCCAAAUAACACCUCUUACUGAUUUACCCUAACCAUACAUAUCCCAAAUAAAGUUUUUGAUCAAAAACAUGAAAUAGAUCCACCUGCUUAUUUUAAGCAUAUUAAAAAGGAAACUAAUUGGACCAUUUCUAUUUGUCUAUUUUAUACAAAAAGGCUACACAAUGUUACACUUUAUUCAGAUUACAAUUAGAGUGAUUAUGAAUUAGUGUUCUACACCAUUACUCAAUUCUUAAAAAUUAGAAAUUGCUGUAGCAGUAUUCACUAUAACUUAACACUAUGAGACUUAAAAAACUAACAGU